AAGAGAUCGAAAUCGCCCUCCACCUUAUUGGUGGAAUCCGUUUUUAAAAGGUUAAUUGACAAUCGCAAGAUUAUUUGUCCCUGAGGGGAAGCGUUACCAAGAUACUAAAAUCAAGCAAUCGUGGUGGCCACGCCAUUCUUUUGCAGAAAAUCAUGAACUUUUUUUUACCUCCGGAAUUAAAUUGACGCCAAUUUCUGUAUUAUUCACGCCAUAAAUCUACACUUUCCUUUUGCACACUCCACAAAUUGGCAUCAUGUCGGAAAAGGAGCACAAGAACAGCGGUCCUCGCAUCGAGGAUUUGAUGGUGGUGGAGAAAGUAGAGUCCAUCAUUGACCGAAUUUCUGGCCACAAGAAUGUUGAAGGUGUCAUCGUCUGUGACAAGGAAGGGGCCGCCAUUCAAACUACGAUGGACAAUACGAACACGGUCAUGUACGCGGAAGGGAUUCGGAAUGCAGUGAUCAUGGGUACCUCGAUGGUGCGAGACUGCGACCCCACCAACGAUCUCUUGUACAUUCGAAUUGGAUCGAAAAAGCUAGAAAUGUUGGCCCACUCCGACCCCGACUACUUGGCCAUCGUCAUCCAAUCUAGGAUUAAAGCUGCCAAGAAGGAAGUUGAACAGAAUGCGAUUUAAUCGAAUGAAAAAUCAUGUAAUUAGAUAAUCACAAUAUUUCAAAAAAAUAAAAUUCGUAAUAUCC